UUGUUGCAAAAGAAUAUUUUGUAUUUUUAGGUUAGAUUUUCAUAUCUUUAUUUCUAUCUUAUUCUAAAGGCUAGUUUGUUUAAGUUUAGGCAGUUAGGCCCAAUUGAGUUAGGCCUAUCUACUUCUCUUUCUAACUUAGGAACUUGUUAUAAAUUAAUAAAUUCAUAAAAUGAUUAAAUUACAUCACUUAAGAAAUUUUUCAAUGCACGGUUUUAGGCUUAAGCCUAAUUCGUCUUGCUUAACUCGGUCUACUAGAUGUUUUACCUCGUCAAAUGUUGCUCUUGCAAACAAGGAAGAUGAUGUCAUCCCAAAAAAUACAUUGGAGCCCCACAUAACAGCUCAUACGCAAUCAGGGUUUGGACAGAUUUAUGACAAGAAACCUUUCAAAAUUCACUUGCAGGCAAAUAAGAGGUACAAGUGGUGCACAUGUGGAUGGAGUAAGAAUCAGCCGUUUUGUGAUGGUACACACAAAAAUCCCUACAUGAAGAUUGGAUUCCGGCCAGUACAUUUCACGGUAGAGGAGGACAAAGAAUAUUACCUGUGCAACUGUAAACAGACGGCUCACAGGCCCUUCUGUGACGGGACCCACAAGAGGCAAGAUAUCCAGGAUAAAAUAAAGUAAUAAACACAACCAUACAACUAAGCUCAACCUAUGUUGGUACUGCAGGUGUCUUUUAGCUUUAAAAUUGCAUUUCUAUAUACAAUUGGAGAGUGUGUGGAAGUCAUAACCUCAUUUACAAGGAAGCAAUUAAUUAUUAUCUAGUCAGUUGACUUGUAAUUUAUAUAAGUCCUUGUCUUUGUUUAGUUGGGAAUUUUAUACAGUCUUGCAAAAAGGCUAUUGAUCAUAAUAAAAUAUUGCUCUUA